AUGGAAGACUUACGUGUCGAUGCAAGAAAAAGGGUUGGUUUUACUACCAUCCAUAAAUGUGUAUCUGCCAUACGACAACUGACGUAUGGCAAAUGUCCGGACUCACUUGAUGAAUAUUUGCAUAUGGGGGAGGACACAGCUAGAAUAUGUCUAGAAUAUUUUUGUAAGUGUGUUUUUGAGCUUUAUGCAGCCGAGUAUUUGCGAAGACCCACGCCUGAUGACAUACAACGUUUGCUAUGCAAACACGAAGAACUUCAUGGGUUUCCGAGGAUGUUAGGAAGCACCGAUUGUAUGCAUUGGCCAUGGAAAAAUUGUCUAAAAUCAUGGCAAGGGGAAUACACUCGUGGUGAUAAAGGACGUCCAACCAUCAUGCUUGAAGCGGUUGCAUCUUAUGAUUUAUGGAUAUGGCAUGCAUAUUUUGGCGCUGCAAGAUCUAACAACGACAUAAACGUCCUGAAUCAGUCAAAUUUGUUUAGGGAAAUAAUUGAGGAUACGGCUCCCGAUACUUUCAUUUACCGUUAA